UGAUUUAUAAUAGUUUCACUGGUCUAAAGUAAUCUAGUGGCAGCAUAAAUGUAGUAGUGUUGCAGCAUGGCUCCACCUGCACUUAUUAAACAUUCAUUAACAGUAUUUGCAACACCUGACACAUGUUGUCAAACUGAGUCCUCAUGUCCAUGCUGCUCACUAAUAUUGGGAUGACUAAAGUCAUCAUUCACAUCUUUUGGAUGCUUUUCCCACCGUGAAUCUUUCAAAUUGAGGCAAUUCUCAAGAAGCAAACAAGGACGGGAAGGAAGUGGAGUGUGCACCUUUGCGCAGAGGCAGCCUCGGCGCUGAGAGGCUCCUCUCUGGGUGCACAAAGACGAGCGGCUCGCGGUGCAACGAACACCAAGCGGAUCCCAACUCCCACCAGCUUUCCACCGCCCGAACACGCCGCCGACUGGCCCGCGUACAGCAUUCGACAAGUGUUGUCGGGAGCGUGCUGGCAGCGAACGUGGCGUGCAGCAGACCCCUUAAAGCACCAUGGUGAAGGCCCAGAAGUCCUCUGGGAGGAAGAGCGCUCACACCGUACGACAAGAGCCGGAGGAGGAGGAAAGGCCGCUCCAUUUAAGCAACCAGCGCUCCCCGCAGUCUAACAGCUCCUCUGAUCACCUCGGCGCUCCCGCUCCGUCUGAGGCGCCGGCUAAAAACCCGACAGAAACCCAAACGGACGUCCAGGCAUCCAAGGGUGACUCCGCCGCUCAGUCCAAGCCCCUGUGGAGGCCCAUCCCCCCGCUGCUGCCAGAACCCGACACAGGCGAUGCCCCGGAGACCCGGGAACAGAGCUGCCAGACUGAGGAUCUGCUGCACCACAGCACUGCUGCCACUCAUAACACAGGUCACUGUGUGGAGCCCGGAGAUGCUCCUCUGCUCCAGCAGCCACUGCACACGUCCAAGUCCGGAAUCCACCAGAUCAUUGAAUGCUUCCGCUCAGGCACCAGCCAGCUGAGGCACAUGCUGCUGCGGGAGGUGGACACCAUCUUCGAGUGUAAAGUGUGUCGCAGUCUCUUCAGAGGCCUGCCUAACCUCAUCACGCACAAAGAGUACUACUGCCUGACACGGCUGCCGGACUACGACGGAGAUGACCGGCAGAGUGUGGCCCUCAAGGAUUUGACGGAUAUCAUAUAUCACAGAGGCGACCGACCGGAUUAUGUGGUCCGGCUGGAGCCCAUCCAGACCACCAGCAAGGCCGUGUACCAGUACUUGACCACAGAGGAGGAUUUGGCGCGCUAUCCAUCAAGAGCCCCCAGCGCCAGGGAGAGUCCGGUCGCUUGGGAACGAGAGUCGAUGGAGAUUGAGACAGACCCGCUCGGUGGUCCACAGAGCCCGGCACAAAGCCACCACAGCCAGGGGAAGAAAAAGCGGGACGCAGAGGAGGACGAGGCCACACAGGAACCACCACAGGCUGAGGACGAGGAAUCCACGAGUGGGGUGGAUGAUGUGACCAUCUCCUGCUGUCUGUGCGGUCAGGACUUCAACUCGCGCCGCAGCAUCAGGCGCCACUGCCGCAAGAUGCACCAGACCAAACUGGAGGAGCUGCGGAAGUUCACGGAGACGCGGACCGUACCCACCAGCCUGCUGUCCAUGGUGAAAGGUCGGCCACGGGCUCGGCCUCGGAGCACGCCGGCCGGAAAGUCCUGCCACGUGUGCCACAAAGUCUUUGCCACCAAAACCAACGUGCGCCGACACUACGACGAGGUGCACCGCGGCCUGCGGCGGGACGCCAUCACCCCGACCAUCGCCUCCAGGCCCGGCCAGCCGCUCUCUGUGGAGGCCACGCCCCCCAGGAAGAGCAACGGCGCCUCGCCGCCAGGCGGGAGCAGCGGCAGCGCCACCAAAGCCAACCCUGUCAGCCAAAGCCGCGCCAAGCCACAGAGUCAACCGCCGCCUCCUCCGCAGGCCAACCAGGCGCCGAGUCGCUGCACGCUGUGCAAGAGGAACUACAGCUCCCAGCUGAUGUUGAAGCGACACAUGCGUAUCGUCCACAAGAUCUACAGCGUCAAAACCAACCGCUCAGCGACGGCGGCGUCUUCAUCGACGACGACCACCACAGCGGCUCCAAACAUCAGCAGCAGCAUGCAGCCUAGCAACAGUAUCCGGGUCAAAGAGGAAGUGGUGGAAGCCUCAGAGGAAGAGGACGACAUGGACAGCAGUCCGGCGCCGUCACCCGCCCUCAGCAUGGGGUCAGUCAAAGGUGCCGCUGUGGCCCCCGCCGCCCUGAAGGUGAAGGAAGAGGAAACUCCGUGGGUCCCAAAGGCGCCGGUGAGCGCGUCUGCCGGAAGCGCCGUCGCCAAACCCAAACUGUCGGUGGGCUUCGACUUCAAGCAGCUCUUCUGCAAGCUGUGCAAGCGGCAGUUCAGCUCUCGCCAGAACCUGUCCAAGCACAUCGAGCUGCACAUGGACGGCAACGACAUCUUCAUCAAGUUCUACCGCUGCCCGCUCUGCCGCUACGAGUCGCGCCGCAAGCGGGACGUCCUGCGCCACGUGACGGUGGUGCACAAGAAGUCCACCUCCUACCUGGCCAAGAUCAUGCCCAAGCUGGAGAGCAGGGCGGUGAAGCGGCUGGCGGAGGUCGUCCUCAACAGCACCAACCCCAAGAGAGUCUGCCCCGCCAAGGAGGAAGUGAAUGGACGCCCAACGUCUGUUCCCGCCACUUGUCUGUCCUCUCCUGUCACCCGUAAGCAGGACUACUCCGCCAGCACCGCCGCCUCCUCCUCGGCGCCGCCUCCCGCCCCAGCCCCCGCCCCAGCCCCCGCCCCAGCCCCAGCCCCCGCCUCCGCACGGAAGCAGCAGGAAGCGCCGUCGCCGUCCCCCGCUCCAUCGCCGCCCGUCACCCGUAAGCAAGACAAGCAGCAGCAGCCUCGGCCCAUCAGCCCCCCGAUGACCCGCCGCAGCGACAAGCACUCGCACCAGCGCAACUCCGCCGCCGCCUCCACAGCGCCGCACACUCGCCGCCACGACGCGGAGAGCUCCGCCUCCACCGAAGUCAAAGUGACCAAGAACUUCUCGCUGCACGCCUGCGACCAGUGCGGGCGCGCCUUCGCCAAGAAGGUGUACCUGGAGUCGCACAAGCGCAGCCACCGGAACGCGGUGGCGGCGGUGGCCGGCGUGAGGAAAGGAGUCAGCACGCGCUCCAAAUCGUUGGUGUGAGGAACAACACAGCGUGUAAGAAAUGACUUCUCUUCUUACCGCUUUUGUGACGCUCUCCGCUGCUCGCCAUUCACUCGGCACAAAGGAGCGUCAGUGUGUACUUGAGUUAGUGGCUUGAAAGGUGUGUGUGUGUGCGUGUGUGUGAAGAGCUGAGACGAGAAGCGGCAGCCAUUAAUCGACCGCCGCUCGUUUACCAGCUGUUUCCUUUUAUGUUCACCUGAAAUCUGCCUCUUUGUUUGAGUCCUCCCGCGUCUUUCACCCGCCCCCUCCCCCGCCGCUCGCAGUCCGCUGACGGACAAUGGACGCCGAAACUUUGCAAAGACGGGUGAAAAGUUAGCGGACAAACGCGGACGGAAACCACAAUGUGGAGUUUUAUUGCACGGGAGCCAAAUAUUGCAUCAAUUUGUUUCUUGAGCGAGGCCAGCGAUGACACAAACUGGCCACAAGAUGGCACUGUUGUGCGUAUUUCUAUUCACUUAAAGGUGAACCACUCUGAACACUCCGGUCCUUUAAAUCCCCCCAAAGUAUUUAUGACGACCAAAAUCAAGGAUUUUCUUUUUUUUAUUGUGUUGAAUGUCCUUUUGUCUACAGAUUUUUUUUUUUUUUUUUAACUUUCAGUCGGAUCACACAAAGUUGUGAUAAAUAUUCCUUUUCCAUGGGAGAAGCGUUUUGGUGGUCGCUGAACAACACUGGACGACAUGAAGUAACGUGUACAUAAUGUUCAAAGAGAAGAUGUCAUGGGACAAUAGCUGGAAAGUUUAUUUUUAUAUUUAACAUAAAGACUUAAGUUAGCGCAACAAGGGGCAAGAUGUGUAUGUUAAUAUUAGUUCCAAUAUAAUCUCUGUUUCAGUCAUGUUCUAUUUUGUGUGAGGAGAGAACAAAAACCUCAAAAGUACGCCAGGGAAUAUUUUCUUUAAUGUUGCAACAUUUCAGAAGAAUGUACAAAACACAUGAAA